CAACGCGGGAGGGCGCGCGCGUCGUGUCGGCGAAAAUUCGAUCGGAGUCACAUGUAACGCGAUGGAUGUCCUGCCAAGCGGUAACUUAUUCCGCGAAUUGCAGGACGUGACGGACACUGGAUACUUCGAGUACAAGGUGUCGUUGGAAGAUAACUGGCAACAGACAUGCUACGAGAUGGCGCGAUACCUCCGGGAAGAGCCUCGGGGCCGGAAGCGGGAUCCGCCCCAAGAGGAGGAGUGGGCGAGGUCAGCGACCUCAUCCCCUCCGUCCCCACAAUCCCCGCCGACCACCCACAUGUUCACCAUCACAGCGGUCAAGAGUGAGCCCCCGAGUGAAGAUGACGAGCCGAGAGAAGAGACGCCGCCAAGCCCCAGCCCGACUCCGAGUCCCGCGCCAGUACGCCGCGCGCAUCCACCGCGGCACCACCCGCAUGCGCACGCCGCCGACCCGCGCAGGCGCGUGCACCGCUGCGAAUUCCCCGCCUGCGAUAAAGUGUACACGAAGAGCUCUCACCUCAAAGCCCAUAAAAGGACCCACACAGGUGAAAAGCCGUACAAAUGUUCGUGGGAAGGUUGCGAAUGGCGAUUCGCUCGUUCUGACGAGUUGACGCGGCACUACCGCAAACACACGGGCGCCAAACCCUUCCGCUGCCGCCACUGUGAACGCUGCUUCUCGCGCUCAGACCACCUCGCAUUGCACGCGAAACGCCACGCGUAGCCAGGAGAACAGCCGCCCGCUCCAAGAAAACGCAACCGCAAUAAAAAUCGGCGUGCUGAUUAAUUAUGCGGUGACUUUCGCGACGGGCGCGCGUCUCCUUGUGAUUCCGUAUAUAGGUUGUUGUGAGUUGUGAUCCACGGAAUUGAACGUUGUGAUGUGACUAGCGUUCUUUUCGUUUAGUGUUUUUGUUGAGGCGCGCGUCCGGGAGGGGCGCCUCGCUUACCAAAGAAUGCUGCUACGCGAUGUAGCCGAGUCAACACUCAUUACAUCUAAUGCUUUAAACUUAUUUUUAUGUUUAUAUUAUCAUUGCGAAAUUAAAAAUUUGAAAUCUCUUAAAUGUUUCGGCACCGGCCUUUUUAUCGUUACGGUUCUUUGUUACAAUGAGAUAACGAUUUAUAUUCGCCGUUGUUUAUUAUGUAAUGUUUUGUAAGCUUUGUGUAUAGAGAGGAUUUUUUUUUAUGUCGCUCGGUCGCAAAGCGGCUGGGCGUUGAGAGUUGUGCCAUUGUCGAGAGAGACGCGCGGGGGCGUGUAUUUUGUUGCGAACGCGCCGUGCCUGCGCGAAUUCUUUUGAUCUGCAUUUUCAAAACACGUGACAUAUUAUUUAUUCGUUCGCAGAAUGUUCGGCGGCGAUCCCACCGAAGCCGAGCACAAUCUUUAAUUUAGGCUUUAUUAUGUGCGUCGCGUUACCUGAUAUUAAGUCGACAGUUCGGAUGGGUCACUCUCCACGUGUUAUAUUAAGAUGACAUCACUUCUAAGACUGCUCCUACUGAAUUCUAGAUCUCAGGGGGCUGUCGCCACUCGCUUAGUAGGUUUAAGUAAUAUAAUCAAAAGUAUUGUGUCAAAAACUAAUUUUAAGAUAUAUAACAAUUUUUUAAUUUAAUUAGCUAUAAUAUUUAUACACAAUAUUAAAAAGAUUCGUUUUUUUUUUAUCUGUCAAACACAUUUUGAAGUAUUUAUAUUAUGUUGUAUUUAUUGUACACUAUUGAGUUUCACGAGUGACCCUUCCGGGAUUUCGACCUAAAGGAAGUUUAUUUUUUAAUAUGUUUAUUAAUUAGGAUUAAAAUACAGAUUUAUUUAGAUAUAUAAACAAUACUUUAUAUAAUGGAAAUGAAUGUGUUUGCAAACCUAAAAGUCCUUGUGGUGAUCCCUACUUUGUUUUUAUAUUGAAGAUCCCUUAAGAAAAAAAUUAUAUGAUUUCAAAAAAGUGUAUGUUUGUUGUAGCUGCGUAUGACCACAAGGUCUUUUAUGGAUCUCUUCGAAGGAAGAUAGUCAAAUAUCUAAACCGACACUUCUAAAAUCAAGAUCGGAAAGAUUUACACUUUCCUUACAUUUUUAAAUUGUACUGUACCUUUUUAUUAUAAGCUCUUUCAUUCCGAUGUAAUGAACCUUGAACGCUUUUCUAUUUGUGAGCUUUUACGUGUUUAUUACCGCCUUUGCGCACUUAUUUCAUUAUAUCUACAGGGACUUCAUGAGUGGUUAAAUCAUACCUAAAUACUAUAUUUUAUCGAAAUAUUUUUGUGUAGCAAUCUGUAUAUUGCUUGAGAUAAUUAUAAACUUUACGUAUUAACGUUUAUCAUCUCUGGCGGUAUGAUGUAUUUUUGUCUUAAUAUAAGUGCGCACCGGUUCAACAAGUUGAUUCUAAACACAGUCGCCAUUUUUACUUAAAAUAAAAAAAUAAGGCUGUCAUUAAUAUUUAUCGUCGAUUUGAUGGCUCGCGAAUUGCUGGACUCAAUUUUGACACACAGUGGAUGGUAAAAAUUGUAAUACCUCAUGCUUUUGUAGUGAGAAUAAUGAACCAGAACUGAUGUGAUUUUCUGUAUAAAGUUGCAAUCGGAUUUGUUAUUUACUCAUUUCCUCAACAUUUUGUAUACUGGGUUUAUUAUGGAGCUCAGCCUUGCAUACCUACCUUAUUACACUAGUUAUUAAUAAUUCUAUACAACACGAGAAGAUCGUAAUUGUCAGAAGAAUAAGUGCAUACAUGUUAAAUAAAUAAUUUUACAACUUGGUAAAUAAAAUAAUAACAGCUGGCUAAAAAUGACUACAUAUGUGCACUUGGACUAUAUUACUAACUAGUGUGUUAAGGCAUUCAUGAUAGCGUUAAGUAUAGACGCGCUCAAUAAACUAAUGUAUAAAGUAUCGUGUAUUACGAAUUUUAAUUAGUAAAUUGAGGUCACAGUUUUUUAGACGCCUUUUUUAGACUACCUACAUUAAGUACAACGACUGCGAAAAAUUAAAUCAAUAAUAUUUGAACUGCCAUUGGUUGAAUGCGUUUGCGCAGGCGUUACGACACGUCUCUCCAAGGAAUUAUUCGUUUUGAGUGAAAUUUUGAUAGCGUCAACAUACAUAUACAUCACGUCUAUAUCCCCUGUGGGUUAGACAGAGCCAAUAGUCUUGAAAAGGCUGAAAGGCCUCGUUCAGCAGUGAUGGAAUUGAAAUUCAAAUACGAGUAGUUACAGGUUUUUAGGCCAUCGCCUACAAUAAGACUCCCAAGUAUAUUAGCGAAAAAAAAAUUCAAAGCAUUAAAUUUAUAGGUAAAUAAUGCUGAUAUUAAAUAACAUCAACAUAUAAAAAAUUAGAUUUAUAUAUUGACGUAGGUAACUCAAUAUGAAAUUAACGAAAUAACAGCUCACUAGUGACGAAAAUUUCUUGAAUAGAUCGUGUCUGCCUUAAUUUGAAUCUUAUGACGUUUGGCGUAAGUUAAAUAUCUGUUUGUCUGUGCGUAUCGACUGCUCGGUAUGAAUUCCCGGGGGCCAAUAACUGUAGUCUUCCCGAAUUAAUUAAAAUGUUCUUGUACGUAAAGUUCUCGGGAUAUCGCGCAUGUUGUGUCAUUUGGCUUUUAUUUUUUUAAUAAUUAAGUAAAUGUGAGUGAGAAACGUAAUGAUUACGGGCCAGUUGACUCUCUUUUUAGUAUUUUUUUUUUCUUUUUAAUUUUUAUUCAAUUCAUUGAACCCAUUCAUUUAUGUGGAGUCCAAAAAGUAUGAACUUUUCAGACGUCAACGUUCGUGUCAAACAAAAAAGAUUUUUAAAAUUUUUAGAAUGCUCCAAUUGACAUUAAAAUUUUAAACCAUUAAAAAAAAAAGGUCGUUAAUUUUUUUUUUUUUCAUUUGUAUUGACCGCGGUGUGUCGCAAGGAAACUGACCCUUGAUCAUUAUAACAAAUGAAAUUGUGAACAAAUUUUGAUAAGACACGGCUAUCACGAAGCAUGCCAGAAGCACGGACACUGCCGUUAUAUAUAGAAGUACCUUUAUAAUUCCUUAACUACCAAUUGUGUAGCUAUAUUAUAUGCUAAAUUUAUUAAAAAAAAAAAACUUUUUUAGUUCAAAUAUUUACGCACAAAAUUAUUAGCAUUUUAAAAAAAUUAAAAGCUUUCAAUUGAUAAUUAUUAAAUAAUCUUAGAUGUGUUUAAUGUCCCCUUUACAUAAAACUGUACUUCUUUUUAUAUUAAUUAUUAUAUAUAUUAUUACUAUUAGUUAACAUGCAAAUAUUUUUAUAAAGAUGCGUUCCUACACCUAUUAAUUAUCCAAUUAUUCUUAUAUUAUUGACAUUGUAAUGACAAAAUUAUUGAUAAAUACGUAAAUGUAAUUAAUUACAAAAAAAAACAUAUAUUGAUAGGAGUAUUUAAAAUCGAAUUUAGAUUUUAAUUGAAAUUUAGACUAACCGUAUCGUAGCCGUUAAUAAAUUAACAUUUUUUUUUACUGGCAUUUUCGAUAUAUAGUCAAAAACGUUUACAAUCUUAGUACCCUUUUAUAUAAUUGUUUACUUAAUGUAUCUACUUAUAAAUCUCUAGUUCAACGUAUGAAUGUAUUUAAAAUGGUGAAUAUAAUAAAAAUAAUAUAAUCUUAAGGAAUACUAUUAAAUGUGAUUCAUAAGUUUAUUCAACAUUAUACAUUAUAAUUAUAUAUAGUAAUAUAGUGUACAUGUUGCAUAGAACAAAAUAUGUAUGGGAAUGUAUGUGUUUCAAUAAAUUAAUGCUUAAAAGGCGAGUGUUAGGUGUGAUUUUAGAUAAUAUUGUAUGUCAUAUGCACGACGGCUGGCAAAUGCAUAUAAUGUAGUUCAGUAGUUAAAAAAAUAUACAUUGUUCGUAUAUAUGUGGAAUAUCGCUGUUUACCAAGACACGGUAAACAAAUUAAAUAUAGAUAUACUUAUUGAUAUAAAAACAUUUGCGGCUGUGUGACAAAGAAUCAACCUGUGUUUAUAAUUCUUAUAAACCAACUGAAUUAGGUAGCACCAUUUUGUCAUUGUUCUUCAGUAUUUUACAAUAUACAUAGAUAUUAUUACGAUUCUUGUUGACGACUGCUGUUCGGUUAUUAUGUUUUUAAUUUCGGUGCCUUAUUUUUAUUGAUAAGUUGUUAGUGCAAUGCAAGUAUUAUUCGUCUAGUUUGAUCUUAAUUGAGCAUUUUUUUUACUUUAUGAGUACAUUCCAAUGUGUCGCCUAACUUGGUCGGUUUAUAUAAAGCGAUGUGAGGUUCGACGUUUAUUUUUAAAAAUUUUACUCCUCGAAUUAUUAUAAUUGAUGAUGAUAAAAUAGUGGGGUCUGCGAUUCGAAAAAUUAAGUAUUAUUUUGAAUAAUUUAAUGAGACCCAUAUAUUUAUAUGUAUUUUUUUUUAUUGACUGGAAGAUAAUUAUAUUUUAUGUGUAAUAAAAAGAAAUUAAAUAUUUUUUUCGCUAUAAGUAAACGUACAUAAUUAUUUAUUUUGAUCUUAAAAUUACUAACGAUUGUAGCUACGUCGAACCUACACGUUUUGUUUGUAGAUAAAGGUCAAGUCAUACAGGAAGGUAGCGGCGCGGUAGGCUUGAAUUUGUAAUGUUUGUGUCAUCUUCCUACACGUCACAGUUGUACUAAAUAAAAAAAAAAAAAACAAUAUUUCUUCAAAGAUUUAAUCACAGGUAUAAAAUGAUUGAGUAUUGUUUAUAUUAUAAAGGUUUUUUUUUUAAAUUCAUCACACAGAAUCACAAUUACAUUA